AUGCGAUAUGGAAAAGUGUAUUUUUAUGAUCGAAUGGGAAAUCGAGAACCAAGUGAAGCUGAAAAAAUAAGAGAAGCUUUGGAGAAUUUCGAAGCUCCAAGAUUUCGGCCGCCAGAUGAGCCAAGAAUGAUGAAGAAUUAUUCGACUGGAUGUGAGUUUUUAAAUUGAAUUUUCAGAAUAAAAAAAUGUUUAUAGUUUCCCCAUUGGAAACUCCUCCACCAAUAAUCGGUUCUCCAGUUGCAAACAUCAGAAUAAUGGAAUCAGCUUCAAACAAUAUGGAUCUUCCAGCCAAUAUUGUGAAUUUUUCGGGAGAUUCGGAUGAUUUCAGUAAGUAUCACAAGGGAAGUUUUUAAAGUGACCUCGAAGAUUUCUGAAUCGAAAUGAUCGAUUAAAAAAAAAAUUUCCGUGUCCGAAUCAUAAUUUUGCUAAAAAAAUUGGAUCUGGUCCGAUUCCAGAACUGAUGUGAAUUUUCAAUUUCAAGCCUAACUCUCAUUUUUCCCCCAGGACUUCCUCCAAAUCUCGACGCCUCCGAUGGUCUCCAAAAUCUCAACGACAGAUUCCGAAUGGAUUCCCCGCCCGACAUCUACGGACAGCCUCCAGAUGAUCCAAUUCCAAGUAUAGUUUCUCCACCAAAUGUUAGAUUCAAUUUAGGCGAAGAUAUUUCAAAAUACACAGAUCAGGGUAAUUUUAGAAUAACACAAAUCAAAUCAUAAUUAAUUUUGUUUAGGAAUUGCUCAAAACGGUUAUUCAAGAAACUACAGUAAUCAAGUAACUGAAAUGGAUCAAUUGACAUCAAAUUUAGGAAAUAUUCGAAUGCAAACAGAAAAUGAACAUGAUUAUGGAAGUUCUUCUGCAAAUAAUUGGUUAGAUUCAGGAAAUCAUGAAAUAUGUGCACAAUGUCGAGCUGAAGAUGAUUAUAUGGAAAGAAUGAAAAGAAAAGCUGAAUUAGAACGACAAAAAUAUGAUGAAACAAUGAGAAAAGCACGAAUUUAUGAAAAUGAAAUGAAAUUAAAAGAGGAAAAUAUGAAAAAAGAUGAAAUUGAAAGAGAUAAACAAUUGAGAAAUCAUAUUGAUCGAGUUAAUGCUGAACUUAUUGAGUUAAAGAGGAAUCGACCAAAAAGUCCGGAACAAGAUAAUUAUAUAUUUCGACAUGAAUCUCCGAGAAUUCGAGAAUCGGAUAUUCGAAUUCAGAAAGAUGCAUAUCGUGCUGAAUUAGAUAAACAGAUUGAGGAAAAAAGAUUGAGAAAAAUUGCGGAAUUCGAGAAAAACGAGGCGAUUGAUGCGACAACAAAUGCAAAAGCAGCGCUAGAGUUAGUGAAAAUACAUAAAGUCAUUUGGCAGAGACAUAGGUGGAAAAUCAGUUACUAGAUAAGUUAAUCAGCGAAAUUUUUCAUAUUUUAAACCGGACACAAUUUUAAGUUUUUCAAAACUGCGUCUGAUUAGGAAAAACGUGAAGCUUUUACCGAAAAUUUCUAAAUACUUCUAAACCACGUUGAAAUGAGCACUAACUUGUUAUUUUUUUCAAAUAUCCGAUUUAAGAUUCCACCUACAUUUUUCUAGAUUCGCAAAUGCUCGAGAAGCGGAAAGAAGAGCUGUUGAACACGCAAAAGAAAUGAAUCGAAAACAAUUGGAAUUUCAAAUGGAAAUGAGUCGAAUUGGUGCACCAAUUGAUAAACAAUGGCUUUGGUGGGCUGAAAGACCAGAUGAACAUGGAUGGAGAGAUGCGAGAAUGAAAGGAUUGAAACAUACAAAUCAAGUGGAAAGGAAUCAGACUAUCAAGUUAGUUUUAAUUCAUAAAUUUGUAAGUUUCUUUAUGUUUAUUUUUAGACAAUCAAUCGGAAUGUUGGAAGAAUUCAAAGCUCGUCAAGCUCACGACGAUUCAACAAUGAGAGAUUUACGGCGUGCAAAAUAUGACAAAUUGCGUGAACAAUUACACGAGAAUUCGAAAAUGAUGUAUCCGGGAGGUGGAUUGGAAAAAUCGAAUUCUCGGCCAAUUAUAACACAACCAGAUCCACGGGUGGAAGCCGCUUGGCGAGAAGCUCAUGAGAAAUACGACAAAAAAUACCAGGUUCUUCAAGACAAUGCAUCUCGCUCGAUUUCUGGUGCAGCUUUAAUUGGAGCAAGUAGUUCAACAGCUCAUGCUUGUCGAAGAUGUGCUCGAUGUGCACGUCCUUUGGAGAAAAUCAAAGAUUUAUCGAUUGGUCGUGGUGAGACCAUUCUUCCACAUCAUUCAUUAUGGAGGCAAUAG